GCCGCUAUCACUACUCAGAUACACACACAGAGGAAGCACUGACACUGAACCUCGCACCAUUGCCCCAUAAGCAAGAGUUGCUCCACUAAUGGAUUGACUCCAUAUAUCAAGAGCUUGACUGAUGAAAAUAGUGAGCAGUUAUUUGUUGUGUUUGCACCUGAUCUGAGAGUCUACCCCGGGAGUGUAAUGGUUUUGUUCUACAUGGGAUCGGAUAAACACACAUCUACAGUCAUGCAGCCUGAGGACCCUGUUCGCCAGGACAUGCAGUUUUACUAUGUGGGUGACCAUACUUGGGCCACCAUGCUUGGGCAGAGCUUGAGGCUGCAGCCAGUUCCCAUCCAAAGUCUUUCUGAGCUGGAAAGAGUCCGUCUGCAGGAGGUGGCACUUUACCACUUGGAAAAAAGAGACCUGGAUUUUAAGAUCAGCAUACCUAGAGAGAUUCGUAAGAGGAGGAAAUCACUGCGGAGAAAGUUUGAUUCCUUUUCAAAAGAAAAGAAAGAACGGGAGUCUGCACCCAAGGCGUUUGGGAUCCCUCUCACCCAAGUAAUCGCAAAUGACCGGGCACACAAGCAACGGCAGGAUGCGCUGAAAGAGAGCCGGCGGGACUGUCUGGACCUUGAGGCCAGUGUACUACACUUCCGUGCUGAGAAAUGGCAGCACAGUGGAAACCGGCCGCUGUGCAGUACAGUCUUAACACCUGCCACUGCCUCCUCACCAGCAGUGGAGGGUCACAGCAAAUCACUAUCAUCAGCAUUCAUGGACAACACCUCCCGUACACACAGACGGGGUGGGUUAUCUGUAGACUCCAUCUCUGAUCUGGUUGAGAGUCAGUCCAGAUUACUAGAAGCUCUGCAGCUUUCACACCCCAAUGAGCUGGAGUUGAAAAAGGCUUCAGCUAGUCAUACACAGGCCAAGCUGAGUCUCAACCCCAUCUACAGGCAAGUCCCCAGAGUGGUGGAGCGCUGCUGUAACCACAUUCAGACUUACGGUUUACAAACUUUGGGGGUUUUCCGUGUAGGCAGCUCCAAAAAGAGAGUCCGUCAACUUCGUGAGGACUUUAAUAGUGGGAUUGAUGUCGUGCUAGACGAGGAGCACAGCGUUCAUGAUGUGGCUGCAUUACUGAAGGAGUUUCUGAGGGACAUGCCUGACCCCCUAUUGCCACGAGAAUUGUACCGCGCUUUCCUGCACGCUAACUUGUUGAAAGGGGCUGAUCAGUUGAUGUACCUGAAGCAGUUGUUGUACCUGUUACCGCCCUGUAAUUGUGAUACUCUACUGAGGCUCCUCACCCUUCUACAUACAGUACAGGAGAAAGCACACAACUCUACUGGCCCCAACCAAGAGGAGAUCUCAGGUAAUAAGAUGACGGCAGCCAAUCUGGCAGUGAUCUUCGGGCCCAACCUCCUACAGAAAGAGAGAGGAUCAGAGAGAGAGCUCAGUCCUCAAGCUCUGGGCAUAGAGGACAGUACAGCCAUCAUAUCUGUUACUUUGCUGCUCAUCCAGAACUACAGACAGCUUUUCACGGUAUCAGCUGAGCUCCAGCAGGAGGUGCUAAUGAGCCUCAUUCAGACAGACCCUGAUGUCAUUGACUAUCUGAUGCGCAGGAAAGUCAGUAGUAGUAGUAGUCUGACGAUGGAGACCGACCCUGGUGGACGGAGGGACACACAGAAGUCUCUAGACUCUAUGAGUCAGUCCAGCGAUGACUUUCUCUUCCCAGAGACAUCUUCAAUUGGAAGCCUGAGCAGUGAGGUCUUCCUCAGUGCUCUUCACCUCAACACCAACAGGAAGCGCUCCCCUGAAGCUCCAGCCAAGUCCAUUGGCCAAAUAAGGCAGUUUCAUUCCCACCACAACCUUCUAAGUCUUGCCCAGCCUUCCCUCAAUGCCCAAAGUGAUGACGCCAACCUCCAAAGGCAAGCUGGUUCAAGGCAGACCUGGUCAGAGGAGCGCCUUCAUUUCAGUCUGGGACGGCAGGAUAGCUGCUCUCAACCACAGAACCCUAGAGAGAAGGGCAUCUGGGUACGACAGAGCUCCAAUGCCUCAUCCACGAUGUCAGAAGACAGCAAGCAGCCAAGCAACUUCUGGGACUUUUUCACUGGCAAGGUGUCAGGCUCAGAGACUAUAGUAUGACCCCUAGUUGGAUGAAUGUAGUGUGGGGGUUGUGUGUAAAAUGUAACCAUACACACAACUGUGGACGGUAUAAUGUUUAUAUAAUGCAAUCUUAAAGGGGUCAUGACAUGCCUUUUUAUUAUUAUUUUGAUAUGUUCCCUGAGGUUCACUUAUAAUAUUAGUAAAGUUUUUUUUUUUUUUUAUGCAAUAUAUUUGUAAAACAUGAUAAUUUUCCACCCUCAGUUUGACCCUCUGACAGAAAUGCUUGGUUUUGGUGCUGCUUCACCUUUAAGACUUGACAGUACACACCCACUGUUAAGACUGCCUUUCUGCUCACAGUAGGCAUUGAUGUGUUGUCCUGGAAGCAGUCAGAUGCAAUUGUCUACCACAGUGUGACAUCACAAUGUAGAGGAAGUAGAGAAAGAGUCAUUUUGGCAGCUUGGUUUCAACAAAUGCUCUUUUUGCAGUGAGGAGGACGUUUUGAGUUCUGAAACUUAGUGUUUUUAUAAUACAAUGACCUCUUAUAUGUCAGAAGAUCAAGGGAAGUUUGAUUCCUCAUGUCAUGACCCCUUUAAAUAACCCCAUUCCACUUAAAGGUGCUGUAAGCGAUUUUAUCUGUUCUAGAAUUUCCACAAGAUGAGCCGUUGGAUUAGCCAUGGCCCUUUUUUUUUUUUUUCAAAACC